GGGGUGGCCUGCAGCCUGCGGCGGGCCGCUGCCCUCCCAGCCCCUGCGUCCCCCCGGAGAUCCGCGCGGCAGCACUUCAAGCUCUACAUUUGUGGCAACAGACCUAUCUCUCCUGUUGGACUAUUUUCAAGGACUGACAUCAGGUUUCAAGUAGCUUAAAAGGCUCAUCUCUUCAUUCUCCUGUAGUAAAGAACCAUGUGGACUGGCCUGGUGUUAAGGAACAACUCAGGGGCCGAGGAGAUGGCUCAGCAGCAGGAACAGAAGUGAAGCACAAAGAGGGACAGAUCAGAACAGACUGAGAUCUCUUGGUGAGGCUGAUACUGUGAUCCCUUUGUGGAGGAUGUUGGCUGCUUCGAGGCUGAGGAGCCCUUCAUUUUGAGGAGGGAGAGCAGCUUUCAGCAGGACAGCUUCUCCACUCCCAAUCUCACCAUGGCUUCAACUCUCUGGCUGGACGGCUGAUGUGACUGUGUGUCCCACAUGCUGUUGGACUCUGUGCCAUCCAGGUACUGCCUGCUCAUAAGGUGUGGGAGCACAGCCAGUGGGCAUCAGAUGCUCCCCAGAGCUGGACGAACAAAGUGAUGGACUUGAACAGGCUAAGAUGGAAGUAACCUGAGGCCUUGCCCAGGCAGUUUCUUCACAACUGGACAGCUCAAGAGUUGAAACACAAGCUUGUCUGGGGUGCAGUAUGCAGGAAGCUGGUUUUCAGGCCACAAAUGCUUUCACAGAGUGCAAAUUCACCUGCACCAGCGGUAAAUGCUUGUAUCUUGGUUCACUGGUCUGUAACCAACAGAAUGACUGUGGGGACAACAGUGAUGAAGAAAACUGUCUCCUGGUGACUGAGCAUCCACCGCCAGGCAUCUUCAACUCGGAGCUGGAGUUUGCACAGGUCCUCAUCAUCGUCGUGGUGGUCACAGUGAUGGUAGUGGUUGUUGUAUGCCUGCUGAACCACUACAAAGUCUCCACACGUUCCUUCAUCAAUCGCCCCAGUCAGAGCCGGAGGCAGGAAGACGGGCUGCAGCCGGAAGGGUCCCUGUGGCCUUCUGACAGUUCCGUACGGCGGCCAGGGGCGUCAGAGAUCAUGUAUGCCCCUCGGGGCAGGGAUAGGUUUACCACCCCAUCCUUUAUCCAGCGGGAUCGGUUCAGUCGUUUCCAGCCCACCUACCCGUACGUGCAGCAUGAGAUUGACCUGCCUCCCACCAUCUCCCUGUCCGACGGGGAGGAGCCGCCUCCUUACCAGGGGCCUUGCAGCCUGCAGCUCCGGGACCCAGAGCAGCAGAUGGAACUCAACCGCGAGUCUGUGAGGGCCCCGCCCAACCGAACUGUCUUUGACAGUGACUUGAUAGACAUUUCUAUGUACAACGGGGGACCAUGCCCACCGAGCAGCCACUCGGGCAUCAGUGCAGCUACCUGUAGCAGUAACGGGAGGAUGGAGGGGCCACCCCCCACCUACAGCGAGGUGAUGGGCCACUAUCCAGGCACCUCGUUCUUCCACCACCAGCACAGCAAUGCACACAGGGGCAGCAGACCACAGUUUCAGCAGAACAACUCAGAGAGCACAAUAGUACCCAUCAAGGGCAAAGAUAGGAAGCCUGGGAACCUGGUCUGAUCCCUCCAGAGUGCACUAUUCAAGGAGAGAGAAACCUCAGCAGAGAGACAGGCCUGCAGGCCCCUGCUACAGUGUUGUCCAGCUUUACAUGGUACAACUGAGUAAAACCAAAUGUGCAAACAUGGUCUUCGUUUCUGAUUCCUUUCAGGGGAAUUGCAUGCAAACAAGACUGAAACAAUACAGACUUCCAUCCCAUCUGACCAUAAACAGUGUUCAUCUGGGGGCAGGGGGCGGGAACAGGGGGAGAGAUGAUAUGGGCUUGGCAAAGGGUGGGUGGGGGAAACAGUAUGGAUGCUUUGAAGACAUCAUGAAGUAAGACCACAGAGGUAUUUGAUUUAUUUAAUUCCAAAAAGAAACUGCAGAUAAGUGAGGUCAGAAUGGCCUGUUUUAUCAAUAACCGAAUAAAGAAGGAAGAAUUAUUAUAUAUUAUCUUGGGGAAGAAUCAGCAAGUUUGCUUUUUCUCCAAAGGUGUGAAACUUUUAUUUUGUUUUAAAAAUAUGAAUUAAAACUCCUGUUUGUGUGCCAAGGUAGGAAGUGAAGAAGUUAGAUGAAUGCAAGGAGAAGCAAAUUUGUGUUGUGAUGGUAUGUUUUAAAAGUUGCACUAUCUUAAUGUUUAAAACAUGUACGAGGGAACUGCUUUGCGUGAAGUUCUGUCUGUUGUCUUGUCACCUGUGGAUGAUUAUGAAGCCCAAGGAAUAUUCUCGAGUCAUACAAGGAAAGGUACUUGGGGAUGUGGCCUAAUGUUUACCAAGUUACAUAUAUAUUAAAAAGUGGUUAUUGUUGUAAGAAUUAGCAGCAAGUACCUAUGUACCCAAGGCAGUGGGGGAGGCAGGUAGAAAGCAGCACAUCCAUUAUGUAUCCAGUAUCAUGUAGAGCGCCCCUGUCUCUAGCAGUGGAGUUCUCCAGUAAUUUAGACUUUUUCCACUGUAGCAUGGAAUAUAUUCAGACACAUAUUUUACGCAAUAAAUCGCUUAAGAUGCAA